AUGGCAUCAACGGAUAAGUUAGCCGAGGCUCACCAGACGCUUUGGGAAGAAGGCAUCCAAAUACGCAAAGAGGUCGUUGGUGAAGCGCACGUCGAGAAAUCACUACAAAACGUCUCAGACUUUGCUCGGCCAUUGCAAGAGUUGGUGACCGAGGUGGGUUGGGGUGUGGUGUGGCGACGUGAGGGUUUAGAACGCAAGACUCGGUCCUUGUUGAAUAUUGGAAUGUUAUGUGCGCUGAACCGCAUGGCUGAAUUGGCCGUGCAUGUUAAAGGGGCUGUCAAUAACGGUGCCAGCGAGGUGGAAAUUCGGGAGACAUUGAUACAAGUUGCGGUGUAUUGCGGCAUGCCAGCAGCUUUAGAGGGGACAAGAGUGGCUGAAGGCGUGCUCAAGGCAUUGCGGGAAGACAACAACAACAACAACAACAACAACAACACUGCUGGUAGUAGCAACUAG